UGGUCUGUCUGACACAAAGCAUAUCUCUUAUUGCUAUGAAUUUAUAUUUUUUAUUAAUAUACCAUGUAUAUAUAUGCCACUGGUAGGUUAAAAAUUUUAGCCACUCUCUAUAUAUAUAGACAAUCAUCACCAAAGCUAAGAACCACCAAAGCCAAAAACCAGAGGGCCUUUAGUGUAAGAGAGAGCGAGAGAGAGAGAGAGAGGCAUGGAUACAAGAGACGGUGGUGCUCUUAGUGUUUUAAUGCUCCCAUGGUUGGCUCAUGGUCACAUAUCUCCUUUCCUAGACCUAGCCAAGAAGCUUUCUACAAGAAACUUCAUUGUUUUUCUCUGUUCUACACCUGCCAACCUUAGCUCUGUUAAAGACCAACUUGCUCUAGAAAACUCAAUUUUCAUACAACUAGUAGAGCUCCAUCUUCCAUCCUUGCCUGAGCUUCCUUCUUCAUGCCAUACAACCAAUGGCCUCCCUCCUCAUCUUAUGCACCCCCUUAAAAAAGCCUUUGACAUGGCAACUCCUAGCUUCACUACCAUCCUAAGGACCUUAAAACCAGAUUUGCUCAUCUAUGAUUUUAUUCAACCAUGGGCACCAACAGCUGCUUCCAUAUUUAACAUUCCAAGUGUUCUAUUUCUUACCACAGCAGCAGCAUCAAUUUGUUUCCUUAUUCACAGAUUUGAAAAUCCCAAUAUUGACUACCCUUUCCCUGAGAUUUAUCUUCGAGAAUAUGAGAAAAGUAAGAUGGCCUGGGCCUUUAAAUCAUCUGCAAAUGGCCAAGAAGAUGCAGAAAGGUUCUUCAUGUGUGUAGAGAAAUCAACUAGCAUCAUUUUACUAAAAACUUUCAGAGAGAUUGAGGGAAAGUACAUAGAAAGUCUAUCUUCUAUGACUAAAAAGAAGAUAGUUCCUGUUGGGUCUCUUCUUCAGCAGUACCCAAGCAAGGAAAACGAUCAGCAGAAAGAAAUCAUCAAAUGGCUAAACCAGAGGGAUCAAACUUCAACCGUGUUCGUCUCUUUUGGUAGUGAGUAUUUCUUGUCUAGUGAGGACAUGGAAGAGGUAGCUCAUGGGCUUGAGCUCAGCAAGGUCUGCUUCAUAUGGGUGGUCAGAUUUCCUACAGGAUACAGCAAGAAUGCUGGAGAGGCACUCCCACAAGGGUUCCUUGAGAGGGUUGGGGAAAGAGGGAUGGUUGUGAAUUGGGCUCCCCAGAGAGAAAUUCUUGAGCAUCCAAGCAUUGGUGGCAUUGUGAGUCACUGUGGAUGGGGUUCUGUGAUGGAAGCAAUGGAGACUGGUGUUCCAAUUGUAGCCAUGCCCAUGCAGCUUGAUCAGCCUUUGAAUGCUAGGCUUGUGGAGGAGAUUGGAGUAGGUAUUGAAGUGAUAAGAAAUAGGGAUGGACGGCUUAAUAGAGAAGAGUUGGCCAGGGUGAUUAGAAAGGUGGUGGCGGAGAACACUGGGCAGGAUGUGAGGAGGAAAACAAAAGAAAUGAGUGAACUGAUCAGAAAGAAUGAAGAAGAAGAGAUGGAUGGUGCAGUGAAGGAACUCUUGCAGCUUUGUGGCAAAAGUAGUAAAUGAAAGUAGUUUCUAGUGUUGCAUGUGAUGAAUGCUCAUGGUAAAACACAAUAAAGCAUAAUCAUGCUCCUUGUAAAACUAAAAAAUAAUGUAUGCAUAUCCACUUUUUUGUACAACUUUUACCAUCACCAUCAUUGAAUUACUUCUCAAAA